AUGUCUGCCCCACAAGCCAAGAUUUUGUCUCAAGCUCCAACUGAAUUGGAAUUACAAGUUGCUCAAGCUUUCGUUGAAUUGGAAAAUUCUUCUCCAGAAUUGAAAGCUGAAUUGAGACCUUUGCAAUUCAAGUCCAUCAGAGAAAUCGACGUUGCUGGUGGUAAGAAGGCUUUGGCCAUUUUUGUUCCAGUCCCAUCUUUGGCUGGCUUCCACAAGGUUCAAACUAAAUUGACCCGUGAAUUGGAAAAGAAAUUCCAAGACCGUCAUGUCAUCUUCUUGGCUGAAAGAAGAAUCUUGCCAAAACCAUCUAGAACAUCUAGACAAGUUCAAAAGAGACCAAGAUCCAGAACUUUGACUGCUGUUCAUGACAAGAUCUUGGAAGACUUAGUCUUCCCAACUGAAAUUGUUGGUAAGAGAGUUAGAUACUUGGUCGGUGGUAACAAGAUCCAAAAAGUUUUGUUAGACUCCAAGGAUGUCCAACAAAUCGAUUACAAAUUGGAAUCUUUCCAAGCCGUUUACAACAAGUUGACUGGUAAGCAAAUUGUUUUCGAAAUUCCAAGUGAAACUCAUUAG